GAGAUUGGUGAAUUUGGGAUGCUCGAGCUUCCCAUCCGUUUGUAGCCAGUACGGUGAACAGAAGGAGAUCAGAAUAAACAGAAAUGCAAAGGCCGUAAAACCGACCGCAAACUUGGCCGUUUUUGUGCUUGCGCCCAUUUUGACGUUUCAGCCCAGCGAAGCGUCCUCGGAACACUUGGGAAAUUGGAAAACGCCGUGGCGGCUACUGGACACCAUGGCACGGAGAAAUGUGUGGACACCCGAGGAAACCAAGGCCCUGCUGUCCGUCAUCAAGGAAAAGGGAUUGAUUCGGUACUUUGGUGAAGAGCAGAACAAAAAACUGUACGGCAUAGUGGAGACCGAGAUGCGAAAGCGCGGCUUCCCGGAAAAAGGCGCAUUCCAGAUCGAGCACAAAUGGAAAAACCUGAAGCGAGUGUACUACAAAACCAAACGCGAGGACUAUCUGAGCGAAUCGUGCGAAUUCUACGAGGAACUUGAUGAGCUGAUGUCGGAGAAGCUGCAGCAAAACCAAGCCAAACAAGAGACUGUCACCCAGAAACGACCCAAGCCAGUGCUGGAGCACUUCGACAAGCUGCUGGCCAAGAUCGGCGUGAUCGAGCGGGAAAACAACGAGGAAUUCUUCCGCAAGCAGAAAGACCUGAUUAACUACGAGUUCGAGCUGUACACACAGGACGAGAGGCACUUUGGGCAACGGUUGUCCGGCAUCCUCGAGAAGAACACGGAGGACUUUUGCUUCCGGGCGCAGCAAAUACUCAUCCUGGAGGGAAUGAUCGCGGGGACGGUCGCGGACGUGGUAGAGGAAAAGCUGGACAUGGUGGACGAAACGAUGGACGACGUAACGACGGUCGAAGAAACACUUGAGGAAGCGAUCGAGGAUACGGACGGUGGUGACCAUAUGGUUGAUGUGAUCGAACAGUUAGAGGAAGAGACGGUCGAGAUGGUGGAGAUGGUAGAGGAGGAGGAUAUAGAGGAGGACGAGAACGAGGUCGAUGAGAAGAAGGAGAUGGUAAAGGACUAUUACCAGGCGUGGAAAGAAGACGAGUUUUAAGAUAUCUACAAUCCCGCGGAGCGUCAUCCUUGGGAGCGUAUGCUGCUCCGUUGUGCUACAAUUAAAUCAAACUCACGAAACAAACGGUUCAUCCAUUGUGAUAGCGUUUCGGCUUGCAUUACUUUUUGUUCCGACUCUAAGCUCAUCA